AUGCCCGGAACGUCGAGGAUGCCAGUGAGCUUGCGCAACAGCUUCACCGUGAAGAAAGGCGGCUCGAGUAGCCAAUUACUAUCACUAAACAUUGACUUAUUCCGCAACAUCGUGUUCUUCCUUUUUCUGCUGCGAUGGACGAGGAAGGGAUUGCUGAAGCUGAAAGGCCGAGGCGUGUUUGGGACGUUUGCAGAUGCGUAUAUUGCUAUCCGACGCAACCUUUAUGGCCUCUUCCUGCGAGCACCGGGAGUGCGAUCGCAGGUUCAGAAGCAGGUCUCUGAAGCUAUCAUGAAGUUACAAUCGAAGCUUGUUCCUUCUGGACCGGGUGUAGUGCGAUAUUUGAACUUGCCAAAGGAGGGGUGGUCUGAGGAGACGGUCAUGAAGGAGUUGGGGACGCUGGCGCAGAUGGAUCAUACGCGAUGGGAGGAUGGUUUUGUGUCUGGCGCUGUUUAUCAUGGUGGGGACUCUUUGAUGAUGAUUCAGACGGAAGCGUUUGGCAAGUUUACGGUGGCCAAUCCGAUUCAUCCUGAUGUGUUCCCUGGUGUACGGAAGAUGGAGGCGGAGAUUGUUUCGAUGGUUUUGGCAUUGUUCAAUGCUCCAUCUGGGGCAGCUGGUGUCACUACGAGUGGAGGCACAGAGUCUAUUCUGAUGGCUUGCUUAAGUGCAAGACAGAAGGCUUAUUCUGAGAGGGGUGUUACGGAACCAGAGAUGAUUCUUCCAGAGACUGGCCACACAGCCUUCCGCAAAGCUGGCUCCUAUUUUGGCAUCAAAGUCCACCUCGUUGCCUGCCCGGCGCCAAACUACCAAGUCGACAUAAGAAGUGUGUCCCGCCUCAUCAACAGCAACACCGUCCUCCUCGUCGGCUCCGCCCCAAACUUCCCCCACGGAAUAAUCGACGACAUCACCGCCCUCUCCAAGCUAGCCGUCAAACGCAGAAUCCCCUUACACGUCGACUGCUGCCUGGGCUCCUUCCUCGUCCCCUUCCUCGAAAAAGCCGGCUUUGAGACCGAGCUCUUCGACUUCCGACUCAAGGGCGUAACGAGCAUCAGCUGCGACACGCACAAAUACGGAUUCGCACCAAAAGGCAAUUCCACCGUCCUGUACCGCGACACCACGUUACGCAGCUAUCAAUACUUCAUCUCCCCCGACUGGUCGGGCGGCGUGUACGCCUCCCCGUCCAUCGCUGGCUCCAGACCAGGAGCUCUUAUCGCCGGAUGCUGGGCCUCUUUAAUGAGCGUAGGUGAGGCUGGGUACAUCGAAGCCUGUUCCUCAAUCGUUGGCGCAACGAAAAAGAUCAUCUCUGCAAUUGAAGAAAACCCCGGGUUAAACAACGAUUUAGAGGUUCUUGGUCACCCAUUAGUUUCCGUCGUUGCCUUCAACUCCAAAACGCUGGAUAUCUACGAUAUCGCGGAUGCGAUGUCUGCUAAAGGAUGGCAUCUGAAUUCCCUGCAAAGUCCCCCGGCUAUUCACGUUGCUGUUACAUUGCCGAUAGUCAAGGUGUGGGAGAAACUCGUGAGCGAUCUAGAGGCGGUGGUUGAGGGCGAGAAAGAGAAGGAGAGGGUGCGGAUUGUGGAGGGCAAGGGAGCGAAAGGGAAGAGUUUGGGGGAUAGCGCGGCGCUGUAUGGUGUUGCGGGCAGUCUACCCAAUAAGAGCGUUGUGGUUGAGCUAGCGAGUGGGUUCUUAGAUACGCUGUAUAAAGCUUAG